AGCCUCCGCUUAACUCCUCGCCUUGGUCGUGCCAUCGAGCUGGUUCGUCGUCUCCGUGAGGCGGGUUCUCUGUGUUCGUGAGCGAAGGACCGGACGGCGCUGCUAUGAGGAUGGCAGCGCUGGCGAGCGCGGCCGAGCGGGCUGUUCUGGAAGAGGAGUUCAAGUGGCUUUUACGAGAGGAGGUUCAUGCCGUCCUUCGGCAGCUGCAAGAUAUUCUGAAGGAGGCUUCACAUCGCUUCACUUUGCCAAUGAGCAGCUCGGAGGGAUCCAUCAAACAGGAGAACUUUAUUCUGGGCAGUUCAAGUGCUGACCAGGUAAAGGGAGUCCUGACGCUUCAGGGAGAUGCCCUGUGUCAGGCGGAUAUUAACUUGAAAAUGUCCCGGAAUAACCAACUCCUGCACUUUGCCUUUCGGGAUGACAAGCAGUGGAAACUCCAGCAGAUCCAGGAUGCAAGGAAUCAUGUCAACCAAGCGAUCUACUUGCUUACCAACAGAGGCGCCAAUUACCAGUUCAAGACAGGGUGUGAGGUCCUCAAGUUGAUGGAUGCUGUGAUGUUGCAGCUGACGAGGGCUCGGAAUCGGCUCACCACUCCAGCCACUUUGACCCUGCCAGAAAUUGCCUCCAGUGGCCUCACGAAAAUGUUCACCCCUGCUCUGCCUCCAGAUAUUCUGGUCAAUUUCUACAUCAACCUGAAUAAGCUCUGCUUGACGGUCUAUCAGUUGCACGCUCUGCAACCCAGUUCCACAAAGAACUUCAGGCCUGCUGGAGGGUCCAUUCUGCACAACCCAGGGGCUUUGUUUGAGUACAACAACCUAAGGUAUGAAGUUAACCACGUCCAUAAGGUGGAGUGCGUCGUACCCUGGCUGAACGACGCCCUUGUUUUCUUCACGGUCUCCCUGCAGCUCUGCCAGCAGCUCAAGGACAAGAUUGCCGUAUUUUCUGGCUACUGGAACUACAAGCUGUACUGAGCCUGCCUCAAACAAUGGUCCAUUGGCAGUUUCAUCCAUUCUCUCUUUCAGGGAGGAAAUCAUUGUAUAAGCUGUGUGUGUGAGGGGGAGGAGAGGAUUUACUGGAUCCCACUGUCCAUGGUGGAAGGCACCACGCCCAGUGUUGGCAUCCUCAUGUGUAGAAUGUCAUUAUUUAUUAGCACUUUAGAAGUACCCGCAUUUCAUUCCGUGCUCAUCAAGGCUUCACCGGUAAACACUAGUCGGAUCCCAACCCAUUGGAGCAGAGAUGGGGAAGCCUGGGGCCCUCCAAGUGUCGCUGGGCUACAACUUCCAUCAUCCCUGACCAUUGGCCAUGCUGCCUGGGGCUGAUGGGAGUUGGAGUCCAGUUGGGAUCUGGAGUGCCACAGGUUCCCCAUCCCUGCGCUUGAGGGAAAAGUGUGAUUGUCAGCAGUAGGAAGGACCUUAGGGCCAUGCCUAUAUGCAGAGACCUCCCCAGCCCUUACCUGCUGCCUGUCCCUGGGAGGCAAGAGGGACCAGAUGGGGUGGGCGGCGGGCCAUUCCUUUGUCGGCCAUUCCUUCUCAUAUAUUUGGUUUGCUGUCACUCCCAUCUCUUGCACCAGUGUGACUAUUCAUCUCUACGAUUUAGCCCCAGAGGCAUUGGGAACAUUUUUUUUCCGGUGGCAUGCUAGAACGUGCCUGCUUUUUAGGAGGCAAAGGCACCACCUCUGCCAGGUCUUCUACUGAGCCAUCUCUUUGCCCACCUGCCACCCAGCAAUGCAAGCUGUAAACAUUUGUCCCGGUGGCAGAGCAGUUGGUUGCUGCUAAACUUGUAUGACUCAUUCCUUGAACUGGUCUGUUGUUGUGAAAUAAAGAUCUCUGAACACUGA